AUGAAGGAUUUCUUAGAGCAAAAACUCAAGAUCCCGAUUAUCAAGUUACUUCAUUCUGGUGCUUCUCCUAAUAGUAUUGCUUUAGCUAUGGCCUUUGGCGUUUCGGGAGGAAUCUUUCCAAUUCCCGGUGUCACGACUGUGCCUGUAAUGGUCGCUAUUUUCCUUUUUCGUUUAAAUCCUGUAGCUGCUAUGCUUACUAAUUACCUUGUCACACCACUUAAUCUUGCAUCGAUUCCCGUCUUCAUCUACUACGGCAACGUCUUGUUUGGAGAUGGUGAUGGAGAAGGUGAAUUUGCAAUGAGCAGCUUUAUGGAAGGUAUAAAGACGGAUACGAUCAAUACGCUGCUGCUUUUUCGCUUCACGCUCUUGCACGCUCUUUACAUGUGGCUGCUUACCAUGCCUGUGCUCACACUUGCCAUAUAUGGUGUGUUGACACCUGUUUUGCGUCGUGUUAUGCCCAAGAGUAAAGAUGAAGGUAAACAUGCUUAA